AUGGCGUGGCCCUCGUCCCAGAACGACGCCUACCAGGGCGCCGCGCACGACCUCCAUCGCGCCACCGAGGACGUGUCUCUCAUCGCCGAAGCCGUGGCCCUGUUUGAGCCCGUGACGGUGCUCGUGACCCCCGACCGGGCCGCGGCCGCCAAGCAGCGGUUCAGCAGGAACCCGACCAGCAUCAAGGUCCAGCCCGUCGAGGGCUACCCCAAGCUGGACCUCUGGAUGCGCGACAUGGCGCCGACCUUUGUCCUCGACACCAACGGCUCCGCCAAGACGCUCGUCGGCGUCGACUACAACUUCAACGGCUGGGGCGGCAAGUACCCCGUCGGCCAGGGCCUCUCGCUCGCCGCCAUCAGCCUGGCCGGCAUGGGCGUGCCGCGGGCGUGCACGGCGCUCGUCGCCGAGGGCGGCUCGCUCGAGGUCGACGGCGAGGGCACGCUGCUGCUCACGGAGAGCUCGGUGCUCAACGCGAACCGCAACCCGGGGCUGGGUCGCGCCGAGGUCGAGGCGGAGCUGCGCCGCACGCUCGGCGUGCGCAAGAUCCUCUGGGUGCCCGGCCGCAGGGGCCUCGAGGUCACGGACGGGCACAUUGACGGCAUUGCGCGCUUCGUCGCGCCCGGCCACGUGCUGCUCAGCAGGCCGAGCGCGCUCGACGGCAGCGUCUGGACCGCCAUCUACAAGGAGGCGUACGACGUGCUGCGCAACGCGACGGAUGCCAGGGGCCGGCGUCUGCAGAUUACGGAGAUUGUGGAGGCGGAUAUGAACGCGGUUGGGCUAAGCAAGAAGGAGAUUGACGCCAUCAACGCGGGCAGGGAGGACUCGCCGGCGCUGACCUAUGUCAACUAUCUGCUUGUCAAUGGCGGCGUCAUCUUUCCCCAGUUUGGAGACGACAAGGCGGAUGCGGCGGCGUUGAGCAUCAUUCGUGGCCUGUACAAGGACCGCGACGUGGAAACUGUCUUGGCGCGGGAGCUGCCCUUCCUCGGCGGAGGCAUUCACUGCUCGACACAAGAGGUCCCCAGCGUGUGA